AUGGCGGUCGUUGCUCUCUCUGCCCUGCCCUGCUGCUGGCCUGGCAGUUGGAAGGACACGGGCAAUCGCAUGAGAGCCAAGGAGCCUGGAGGGUGGCUGCACAGUGCUCUCACUCCCAGCAACCCAUCCCGCCCUGCUGCUGGCCUGGCAGGUGGAAGGACACGGGCAAUCGCAUGCGAGCCAAGGAGCGUGGGGGGUGGUGGACGGGGGACGGGCGGGAGUGGGAGGGGCGUGAGUGGGAGGAGCGUGAGUGGGAGGAGUGUGAGUGGGAGGAGCGUGAGUGGGAGGGGCGCUAGUGGGAGGAGCGUGAGUGGGAGGAGCGUGAGUGGGAGGGGCGUGAGCGGAAGGGGCGUGAGCGGGUGGGGUGUGAGCGGGAGGGCCAUGAGCCUUGUGCCCAUUGCAUCUUCCCUUCUUCCCCGCCCUCUCCCAAUGCCGUCAUGCUACAUUGGUGUCUCUUUUGAGAAUUCUCAACCGCAGGCCUUGCCCAUCAAUCACCUGGUGCCCGUGCAUGCAUCCUCCCUUGCUCACUUCACAUGCAGGCUGCUGGUGGAUCUGGGCAUGAUGGGAGUGAUGGUGCACCAGCAGCCUAUGAUGCCCAUCACCUUCCACGUCGCCCCGCCUGGCGUCACCCGCAGCAUGAGUGAAGAGCUUCAGGAGGAGGAGAUCACAGCCUGUAAGCAAGUCGGCCUAUAG